AAACAGUUUGCAACAAAAUGCUGAAGAAAAUCGUAGAACUUAUUUUGUUCCUGGCUUAUUUGAGUCUUGGAUGGGCCAACGUAAAAUAUACCACUAUUGUGACUCCAGGGAACCCAAACAAUGUGUCUAUCAACUCGAGUCCCUUCACCAAGAUCAACGAUAGCUACUACUACUUUGGACAGGACAAGGUGAAUUGGUAUACAGGCUAUGAGAACUGCCGCAAGUUGGGAUCCGAACUGGUGACAUUCGAAACGAACGAGGAGUUUGAUGCCGUGGCUGCGUACCUAAAAAGCAAGGGAGAACGCACGGAGCACUGGACAUCGGGCAAUGACUUGGGAAAAACUGGCACCCACAAUUGGUUCUCCAAUGCUCAGCCCAUAACCAUAAAGCGGUGGGCCCCCGACCAACCCGACAAUGCCGGCGGAAGGGAACAUUGCAUUCACCUGGGCUACAUAUACGGAUACUCUAAGGACAUCCAACUUAACGAUCGUCCCUGCAAUAAUGAUAAUAACAGCUUGUUUAAGUAUGUUUGUGAGGCUCCAGCUCAAGAAACUAUAUCUAUUCUUGUUUGGAAGUAGAGGUUUACAUGUCUAUGUCAUGUCUAUUCCACUCACUGUAAAAAAAGGCUACCAAGGAAUAGCUCAAGUUAAAAUUGAUAAUUAAAAUUUUCUUCCAAUUCGCACAGUUUA